AUGUCCCUCUUCACCGUGCCCAUUCCCUCCUGCGGCGCCCACCCAGGCGGCUCCAUCACCGUCACCGAGCCUCAACCCCGGGUCUAUCUGCUCACCUUCGUCUCCCCCCCCGACAACCGCAUCACCACCGUCUUCUGCCGCGCGCUCAUGCAGGCCCUCGACAUCCUCGAAUUCGGUGACUUCCCGCCCGGCGUCGUCAUCACCACCAGCGGCACCCCCAAGUUCUACUCCAACGGCCUGGACCUCGAGCACGCCAUCAACACCGACGGCUUCUGGCAGCUCUUUUACGACUUAUACCCGAUGCCCACCGUCGCCCUGCUCAACGGCCACACCUUUGCCGGCGGACUGAUGCUCGCCCAAGCCCACGACUACCGCUUGGCCCCCGACCCCAAGGGCUUCCUCUGCCUCAACGAGGUGCUCUUCGGCGCGCCGCUGCGGCCCCCCAUGGCGGCCAUCUUCCGACAUCGCCUGACGCCGCAGGCCUACCGCACCGUGGCCCUCGAGGGGCGCCGCGUCACGGGCCAGCAGGCCGUCGAGUACGGGCUUGCCGACGCCACCGCCGCCUCGGUCGACGACGCCCUCGCCUUCGUCAGCGAGAGGCAGCUGACCGAAAAGGCAAAGCCCGGCGUCUACGGCGUCAUCAAGGCAGAGCUACACAAGGACCUGCUAAGGGAGCUGCGCAAGGACGGCGUCGACGCCGAGGACGCCCGCUUCGACGAGGACCGGCGCCGCGACGCCGAGAGGAAGGAGUUUGGAAAGGUCUGGUUCGAGCAGUGGAGCAAGGAGAACAAGUCGAAGCUGUGA